GACUGCCAUUCUGAGCAACGCUGGGAACAUUUCAUUAAAGAGUUCAUUCAGUAUUAACAGUACGCUAUAUGCCGAGGCUUCGGGGAUCAAUAGGCAACGUUAUACUCUACAGCUGGCUAUCUAAGACUAAACGAAGCAGCCUUGUAGAUGGUGAGAGACACUAAAACGGAUUUAUGGUGGACAAUAGGCCUAUAGGUUAGUCUACACAUUUAGCAUACGUAUGAAUUUAAACAUUGAGACGAGGAUUUUUAUGAAACUUUUGCCUCUGCAAUUCAUGCUGGAUCCCAGUACUCCCCUGUUUGCUUUGGAGGACCAUUUACCAUUUCGAAACCACUAUAGAACCAUUUACAACGUCCCACUAUGUGAUGUAGGACGAGUGAGCGGCUCUACGAUUGGGGCAUAAUAAUGUUGACCGAUUUAUGAUCCAGCCUACACCGCUCAAGACAGUGCGCCCUGUUCCAAUCGUAAGUGAAAAGGCGUGCCUGCCCAAAAUAUUCAACGUAUAGUUAAAAAUGGGAGGGCACACUUGAACUGAGGUCCUCUAUGAAGGUAGGCUGCAGCGUGUGUUUAUUGAUGAGAUGAAAGAAAAUGGAAGUGAGAAAUGAAACAAAGUAAGGGAAAAUAUUAGAAUCGAGGCUUUGCCGGGGAAAAACCGGGAGGCUGUUAAACGCUGCCACCAGAAGAGGACACACGUUGGACAGCAGCAAUAGGUCUGGAUCAGCUUACAAAGACACUUCCAGAUGUGAUUUGUGAUGUCAUUGUCAGAUGGGGAGGUUUUGGAGGUCCAUCUUAAACUGAAAGGGUGGUACUGAAGGAACCACUGUGGCAGAACGACGCAUGAAUCUGGCCAAGACAACUGAAGGUAUAGCCCAGCACUGGUCCCUCACCAACACCACCAGCAACCUGUAGCGCAACCCGGGCCUCAUCACUAGCCUCAUCUACAUCUUCCCAACAACUUGUCAUCUGACUGUGACAUUAGUUGCAAGGGGAUGACCGAGCGCAUUCAUAACAUCAACCUCCACAACUUCAGCAAUUCGGUACUCGAGACCCUCAAUGAGCAGCGGAACCGCGGGCACUUCUGUGACGUGACUGUUCGGAUCCAUGGAAGCAUGCUGCGAGCUCACCGGUGUGUGCUGGCCGCUGGGAGCCCCUUCUUUCAGGACAAGCUGCUCUUGGGCUACAGCGACAUUGAGAUCCCCUCCGUGGUCUCGGUGCAGUCCAUCCAAAAGCUGAUCGACUUUAUGUACAGCGGGGUCUUGCGGGUGUCUCAAUCCGAAGCCCUCCAGAUCCUCACCGCCGCCAGCAUCCUGCAAAUCAAGACCGUGAUCGACGAGUGUACCCGUAUCGUGUCCCAGAAUGUGGGCCUGGCCGGCCCGGGGGGGUUUCCCGUCGUCCCCGUGGACUCCGGGCAGGAGACCCCCCGAGGCACUCCGGAGUCUGGCACGUCAGGGCCCAGCAGCGACGCCGAGUCGGGAUACAUGCAGGCCACGUCGCAGCAGGGCCUGGACCGCUCGUACACGUCCGUGUACUCCUACCCCGGCCUCUCGCUGCAGAACGGCACCCGCGAGCGCACCCAUUACGGGGGCGGCAUGUCGGCCAACUACGACCCGGCGCUCGCCCCGCAGAAAGACCAGCACGGCCAGGACCCGCCGUGGAUCACCCGCAUCCACGAGAGGUCCCAGCAGAUGGAGCGCUUCCUGUCCACCGAGACCACCCACUGCCGCAAGCAGCCCCGACCGGUACGCAUACAGACGGGGGGCCUGCACAUCAAGCAGGAGGCCGAGGACGAGUACGGCGGCUGCUACGGCGGCCUGGAGGACGGCGCCGAAGACACCGACCACACCGAGGGCGUCGAGAGCGAGCCCAAGGGCGAGAGCUUCGACUCGGGGGUGAGCUCCUCCAUCGGUACCGAGCCAGACUCGGCCGAGCAUCAGCACUACCUGCUGGGCUUCGGGCGGGAAGGGGUCAACGAGGGCCACCCCGACGGAGGCGGGGGGGGUCCGGUGCAGAUCGAGGUGGACGACUCGUCUCCGGAGCAGGUCCACGACGUGGAGGACGGCGGGACGUCCCACAGCGCGAGUGACGGCGCCAUGCAGCCACUGCCCCACCCCAUCGUGUCCCCGUCCCUGUCAGGUGCCCAGCACUACAUGCGCCAGGCCGAAUCACACACCAGCAACCUGAGGAUGCCAAUCACCAUGACCAGCAACACCCAGGUGAUGGGCACCGCUGGAAACUCCUAUUUGCCCACGCUCUUCGCCACGCAGUCGUCGAGCACCAACAAACCCUUUCUGUUCAGUCUCCCCCAGUCCCUAGGAGGUCAGCAGACCCAGUUUGUUGCCGUGCCGCCACCCUCCAUGCCCCCGUACACCAACCAGAUGUCAAUACAGGCCCAGCAGCAGCAGCAGCAGCAGGCCGGGGCAGGGCUGGGGCCAGGGGAGAAGAAGCCCUAUGAGUGCACUCUCUGCAGUAAAACGUUUACUGCCAAACAAAACUAUGUCAAACACAUGUUUGUCCACACUGGUGAGAAGCCUCAUCAGUGCAGCAUCUGCUGGCGCUCGUUUUCCCUGAAGGAUUACUUAAUCAAACACAUGGUGACGCACACGGGCGUGCGCGCCUACCAGUGCAGCAUCUGCAACAAACGCUUCACCCAAAAGAGCUCCCUCAACGUUCACAUGCGGCUGCACCGCGGCGAGAAGUCCUACGAGUGCUACAUCUGCAAGAAGAAGUUCUCUCACAAGACCCUGCUGGAGAGGCACAUGGCCAUGCACAGUGCCGGCGGCGCCGUGGCGGGCCUGUCAGGGCCCACGGGUGCCGGCGGGCCUGUUUCCAUUCCUAUGCCCAUGGCUGUUCCCGAACCUGGCGCCGGGGUGGUGGCCCUGGCCAUGCCCAUGGGGGGGAGCGCCGGGAUAGGGGGCGGGGUCGGAACAGGAGUGGGUGUGGCUGCGGAGGCAAGCUGCCAAGAAGGGACCACCUACGUGUGCUCCGUCUGCCCUGCCAAGUUCGACCAAAUUGAGCACUUCAAUGACCACAUGCGAAUGCAUGUCUCCGACGGAUAAGUACAAAAA